CAGACGCGAUGACCGGCGCAGCGACCGCUACGGUGGACGCGACGACAGGCGCGACGAUAGGCGUGACGCAGGGCGAGACGACAGACGCGACGACCGCGACCGCGACCGCCGCGACCGCCGCCCCCGCCCCGACGCCCCCAGCGACAAACCCGCGAAACCCAAGUCCGCCGCCCCCGCCGCCCCCACAGAGCCCAUGAUCCUGAUCACCGUCAACGACCGCCUGGGCACCAAGACCCAGGUCCCCUGUCUGCCGUCGGACCCUAUCAAGCUGCUCAAAGCGAUGGUGGCGGCGAAGAUCGGACGCCCUGUUCAUGAGAUUAUGCUGAAGAGGCAGGGGGAGCGGCCGUUUUUGGAUAGUUUGAGUCUGGCGGAUUAUGCGAUUGGGAAUGGGGUGCAGAUUGAUUUGGAGUUGAACACUGGUGAUUAGAUGGACAUGGAGGGCUGAAGAGGGAGGGCUGAAGAGGGUUGUGAAAUGAGGGGGGUGUAGGGGGGUGGAUUAUGGAUGCCUAUGGAUGUAAGAGAUACCCAAAAUCUGAUUGCUUAUCACUGCGUGUGGUGUCUGAGGUGAUAUAUCAGAGUGCCGUGCAUCUAGAUCUAUCCAGCACUACAACGCCACACUCGCCACGCUGGAGCCAUCCACCUGCAUCACCUCCUUCAACCCACAGUCUCACCCCUACGCCGUCCCCUUCGCCCCCGCCUCUCCCCC